AAUUAUUGCACAGUCUGGUGAAGUUACAAAUACUUCUUCAGAAGUCCCUGUUUCUCACUCUUGCCCAAAGACGUCCAUGCCUCCUCUUGUUCUCCCCAAGCCAAUGAGCACUAUCAACAUAAUUCCCCCUGUUACGCAAGUCCAGACUGUUUCUCCAAGGUCAUGCACAGCUCCACCCUCAAUAGGCAGAUCAAUUUCCCCUGUACCUACAUAUGUUCCAGCCACUUGCUUAGUUGCUCCCACACCUGUCUCGCCCAAUGUAAUUCUGGUCAGCAGUAUCAGUCCAAUAGGAGAAGGAGCAAGCUCACCCACACAAGAGACACCCUCAGGACGAGUGGUAUCCUGCACAAAAACUGAGACCACUUUGAAGCAAGGAGUUCCCCAGAAGCCGUAUAGCUUUUUGGAUGAGAAAGCUAGGGGUCGUUUUGGAGUCAUAAGAGAUUGCAGAGAAAAUGCAACAGGGAAGAUGUUUGUAGCAAAGAUAAUUCCCUAUGAUCAUCAGACUAAGCAAACUGUCAUAAAGGAGUAUGAGACCCUGAAGUCCCUUCAUUGUGAAAGAAUCAUGGCCCUACAUGAAGCCUAUAUAACACCUCGCUACCUUGUACUCAUAACAGAGUACUGCCCAGGCAAAGAAAUCCUGUACAGUCUCAUUGACAGAUUCUGUUACUCUGAAGAUGAUGUAGUGGGUUUCAUUGUCCAGAUUCUUCAGGGUUUAGAAUAUCUCCACAACUGUCGGAUUCUUCAUUUGGACAUUAAGCCAGACAAUAUCAUGGUCACCAACCUCAAUGUGAUUAAAAUAAUAGAUUUUGGCAGUGCUCAAAGGUUUAACCCUCUCUCACUUCAACAAUACAGCAGAGAUCUUGGGACUCUGGAGUAUAUGGCUCCAGAAAUGCUGAAAGGAGAUCUAGUAGGACCCCCAGCAGACAUUUGGAGCUUGGGAGUUCUUUCCUAUAUUAUGCUCAGCGGUAGACAUCCUUUCCAAGACAAAGACCCAAAAGUGACAGAGACCAAAAUCCAUGCAGCAAAGUUUGACUCAUCUAAGCUCUACCCAAAGGUGUCCCAAAGUGCCUCCACGUUUUUAAAGAAGUUAAUAAAUGGCUAUCAAUGGUGCCGACCCACCAUUAAGGACUGCCUCAAACAUUCAUGGCUUCAUGACUCAUAUUUAAAGAAACUGCGUCGACAGACCUUGACUUUCACUACCACACGACUCAAAGAAUUCAUGGGGGAGCACCAGCGCAGAUGUGCAGAGUCAGCUACUAAACACGAGGUCCUUCUCAGAGUCUACCAGAGUGGGCCUUCAUGCCCAGCCUCAUCUACCAAUUCUAGCUCACCAAGCACACCUAUCAGUGAAGAAAAGCAAGGACUUAGCACAGUAUGAGGAAAUACUCUUUCCGUGCUGGUAAAUUCUGGAAAUUCUUAGCAGGAGCUUUCUUAAUGACAAAUAUUAUGAGUUGAAGAACAAACUAUACUCUAUCUCAAGAAAAAAAAAGAGAAAAAAAAAACAGACUACAUGUUAGGGGUGAUAAUAGAGAAGGUCUUGGUCGAUAGCUGAU